AUGUCCCCCUUCCGAUUGUUUAGCUUUCUCAGUCUAGCUCUGUCAGUUGCAUCUCACUCAAUCCCAGUGGAUCGAAUAAAAUGGACGGACUGCUCCAAGAAUGUCCCCCAAUCAACUGGUUCUUUCAAUGGUUCCGCAAUUGAUCUCACCAACCUUCCUCCGACUCUCCAUUGUGGUCAGAUCGAUGUCCCGAUGGAUUAUUCGAAACCAUUGUGCCAUACGAAUAUGAUCACACUGCGGCUGGCAAUGUACCGACCGGCCAACCCUAAAGGAGUUCUAUUCUUCAACCCAGGUGGAACUGAUCCCGGAGUUGUGGUUGCUUGGGAAGUAGCUCUCGGCCUCACCAAAAUUUUCUCGGAGCUCAUGGACUUCGAUCUACUGGUAAUGGAUGUCAGAGGCACCUUCAGCUCCAACCCUUUAAAUGUGUCCUUGGAGACUUUCAGCGGGCUACUUGGUAGAUACCCAACGAACCAAACUGCUUUUAACGUAGUGAAAAAAGCAUCUUCCAAGGUUAUUCAAUCGUGGAUCGACUCUAGCUCUCCCCCAGGGAUCAUCGAGCAUGUAGGGACACGUGAAGUAGUGCAGGACUACGAAAGUAUUAGGCUGGCUCUUGGAUACGCAAAGAUCGAUUUCCUGGGCGCCUCGUAUGGUUCCUUUAGAGCGGCACAAUACGCUGCUAAAUAUCCCAAUCGGGUGAAUAAUUUUGUGCUGGAUGCAGUAGUCCCACACGGACGAAGUCUCCUCGCCCAAGCUCAAGAUGAUAUAGCAGCAUCAAACAGGCUAAUGCUUCGGGCGGAUGCAUACUGCCAGAACGAUCCCACUUGUCCAUUCCAUACUCAAGGCCAAGGUAGUGUUCUCAAGGCCUUUCAGAAGGUGCUUUCGAACGCGAAGGAGUCUCCGUAUUUCAUCCCACCUUGUGUCAAUAGUACGCAAUGCUACCCCUAUGUAACGGAUCUCGACGUCCAGACAGUGAUGCUUGGAAAUCUUCUGGGAUCGCCGGAUUUCCCAGCUAUUCUCACCGGAAUCAGCAGUGCGCUGUCUGGAGAUGGAAGCUUUUUCGUGUAUGGGCCUCCUCCGCUUGAAGCAGUCGUUGCAAUGCCGUUACUUUGCAAUGACUAUGAGUAUGAGAGAACAUUUGAGUAUUUCCAACGCUCACUAGAGCAAGGGCUAAAGAAGGAUCACAGUGGUAUCGGCAUGACGCAAGCCUGGCAAAUUCAGGUAUAUUUAUUUCCCAAGCUCCUGACAACGGCUGUCCAAAUUGCUGAUUCUCUCGGCUGUAGUUAUGGUGCUCCGCAUGGCCAUUCCAAACACCAGCCUCUGAGCGAUUACCCAUACGCCACAAAAUGGCUCUCGUAA